CUGUGGUCGUAAAUAAUAUCACAUGCCUGUAAUGCACUUUCUGAACAUUUUCGAAAGCACAUGCUUUAGUCUUUAGAGUACAUUUUUUUAUAUCGGCCUGAUUCGGACGGAUACAGCUCUCCUUUAAAAAUCCUUAACAUAAUGCAAGUUGGCUGCUCUCUCGUGUAUUUCCUCUUCCAGUGGUUUAUGCUUCCGGUUGCGACGACGGGUAUGGAAAAGAGCCAAAACCAUGACCUUUUCAUCUACAUGCGACAGAACGGCCCGUACUAUGCGGUUCGGCCGGAUCGGCGACUGCAUUAUGAGGUCGAGUCAGUGCGGCGAGGAGAUCCCAGCCGGUCCUCCAUCUAUCGCUUCCCACUGGCGAAUAUUGGCCAGAAAUUCCCAGGAGUCGGUUAUCCUGAAUAUUACACUCGUAAAAGCAUGUACAGAGCUGGCCGUCCUGGGCAAGGACACCUACCAGUGUUAGGAUAUCGUGCAACGGGCGGAAUCAGUCUGCAACAGCCGCUGUACGGAUCACUUUACGGGGAUACGGUGUACGAUGGGCCAAUGCAUCAUCCACUUCCCGAGUCAACCAGUACCACAACGGUUGCUAGUACUACACAAUUUGGCAACCAAACAUCCGAUGCACCCCCGUCUUGUCCCCCAAACAGCGAGCCGGGAUGCUUCCCAAUACGAGCGUGGUGUGAUCCGCGCUUUGAUCGCUGUCCGAACGUGCCGGGUGCACAGUGCGUGGUCGACUGUGAUAACUGCGGCAGAUGGUGGUAUCUUAACGGACAGGACGUUACCCGCUGGUGCCGCACUCGGUCCGGAUAACCGUCUGUUCGCCCAACGUUUUCAUGCUCCUGUCUCUCGUCUGCAGCCGAGAAUUAUUUGUAUGAUAUAGCUGCACGAUCUGCUCGUUGUUAAAAAACAUACGAAACGCUGAACGAGAAAACGGUGAACUAAAGGCGUACAUGGUACAGACUGUACAGAUAGAUACAUAUGUAACUGCAGUAUCUUUUUUUGUAAGUGGAACUAUACAGUAGUAAUUAACAGUAAAACGUUCUCGCUGUCUG